UACAAAUGUAUGUAUAUGUGUGAUAGAUUAUAGACUGAGCUAGACGCAUCAACAUCCGUUUUAAACACUAACGGUUGGGGUUCUUGAACGUUCCCCAUAAUUCCUCACCCGAUGUCAACGCCCCGGACCCGAACACCUACAGUCGGAUUCUAACACCAGGAAAUAAACGGUACAGCUGAUAAACCUUUUAAGGUAAAUUCAACAGUAGGUCCGACCUACUUGGUACUUUCAACAAUACGGAUGUCCCCCUUCGCCUCCCCCUGGCUCAAGGGUUGCUGAGAAAAAUCUGCAUAUAUGUUCCAUACCUGCAAGGACACAAUGGUGCCAGUACUGUAGACUACAUUGAUCCUUGAACCAGCGAGACGCCAGCUGAGAGUUGGAGAUGCCUCUAUUCCGUGCCAUGAUGGAGCCCAGGGCUGCGAAACGGGUAGUGAGAAAGAGGAAGAUUAGAGGACGAGGAAGAUGGGAGGAGGAUGAUGAUCAUCCUCCCCGACUGACCCAGCUUUGUCUGUGGAACUUGGCGGAGAACAUGAAGGAAGUGUGGGUCAAAGACUACGCUGACAACUACAUGGAUCAGUACUUCUUCAGAUAUGUCAUGGGCCCCUUCACCCUGCUGCCGGCUGAGCUGGUAGAGGAGCUCCUGUCUGUCCUGUCCUCCAGGUGUGAGUUGUCCCGUGCGGCGCUACACCUCCUGUUGAUCCCUCAGCUCAGAACCCUAUCUCUUGGGGGCCACUCUGCUCUGGUCACACCCAGCCUCUGCACCCUCAUCGGGAUUCGCUGCCAGAGCCUGCAUUCCAUGGACCUCUCUGGAGCCCAGCAGGUGUCUGCCCAUGUCCAGUGUGACCUGCUGGGUUGUCUGCCUUCCCUGCGCUCCCUCUCUCUGGCUGGCACCCCUUGUGACAGACAGGUUGUGGAGGUGGUUGCCCGCCAUUGCCCCGCGCUGCGCCACCUCGACGUGUCCCGCUGCCACUUCCUGCCCCCCGCAGGCCUGCUCUGCCUGAGAGGUUCCUCCUGCGCCUCUCCACCCCACCUCAGCAGCCUGCUGGCUCUGGAUGUGGGCUUUGGGGAGGGGGAUGGAGACGGGGUGGCUGCCGUGGCCUUCCUCCUGCUCUCCCUGCCGUGGCUGGAGAGAGUGGCAAUGGAGGGCCUGGGGGAGGCCUGUGGCCUCAUACACAGCAGGGAGUUCGGAGGGACUGAGGAGCUCACGACCAAUGAGGGGCUGCCCAGUCUCUGGGAGGUGUGGAGGGAGAGGAGGCAGAGUGGGAGGGCCACAGACACAGGCGAGAUAUCAGGAGCGGAUGUGGAGGAAAUUGAAGAGGAGGAAAAUGACAACCGUUUCUCGUGGGCGAGUGAGGGUGAGAGUGAGGAUGAGGGUACAGGUGAGGAGACAAGGGGAGUUGGAGGUGGAAGAGGUGACGCCCAGAUGAGAACAAGGAAGGAAAUAGAAGAAGACAGUGUUGAGAAAGGAAGAGAAGAGGGAGUGGGGGGGGCAGGGGGUGAGGGCUUUACCUUACGUCUAAGGGAGGCGCAGGGCAUGUCUGGUAGGACUCUGGAGGCUGUAAGUCAGCUUUGCCCCGAGCUGCGCUCUAUAUCACUGGACUGUGAGGAAGGUGGGCAUAGCCAGGGGUCUUGUCUGGCUGCAGGCCUGGCCAGGUGGGCAGGCCAGCUGAGGGGACUUUCUGUGCGCUUCACAGGGCCCCUGGAUGAGCUGCUACCUGCCCUGCGUGCUAUGAAGGGCUCCCUGGUUUCUCUCACCCUGGAAGGGGUAAGAACCAGCUCUCAGACAGCCAUGCUGGAGAUCCUCCACGCCUGUCCCAGGCUGAGGAGCCUCGUCGUCCACGCUGAGCCUCCUUUAGCCCCCCAGGAGGAAGAGGAGGAGGAGGAGGACGAGAACAGGGAUCUACCCUGUCUACCACAACUGUGCUCUCUCUCCCUAAACUUCUCCUAUGACCAGCGCCAGAUGAAGACCAUCAUGUCCUGGAGGUCUCUGGGGGGGGUGCUGUGGAGCGUACUAUCCGGCUCUCCCCUCCUGGAGAGGGUCUCUCUGGUGGCAGUGCCUUGUCCGCUGGAGCCUGUGUUCCAGAAGCUUCUGAAGCGCCCCGCCGCCCGACCCAACAGCCCUCCACUACAACAACUAUGCCACCUCAGCCUUGUCCGCAGUGACGUUUCCAUGGAGACGGCGUCGGGCCUGAUGACCAUCAACAGGCGUCUGAGCAGCCUGGAUCUGAGAGGCUGCUGGGCAGUGAGCCUGGACAACAUGAGGCAGCUACAGAGGACAGCCACCAGGAGGCAACGUUGUAUCACUAUCACCUGGACAUGAUGUGCUUUACAUCUAGGCAGGGGCACCCUCAUUUACACAUGCUGUGUGUUUGGGGCAAAUCCAACACAUCACUGAGUACCACUCUUGAUAUUUUCAAACAUGGUGGUGGCUGCAUCAUGUUAUAUGUAUGCUUGUCAUCGGCAAAAACUAGGACGUUUUUUUUUUUUUUUAAUAAACAGAAUAGAGCUAAGCACAGUUAAAAACAUAGAGGAUAACCUGGUUCAGUCUGCUUUCCAACAGACACUGGGAGACGACAUCACCUUUAAGCAGGACAAUAACCUAAAGCAUAAGGCCAAAUAUACACUGGAGUGGCCUAGUUAGAGUUUUGAUUUAAGUCAGCUUGACAAUGGCUGUCUAACAAUGAUCAACAACCAACUUGACAGAGCUUGAAGAUUUUUUUUCAAGAAGAAUGUGCAAAUAUUGUGCAAAGCUUCUAGAGACCUACCCAGAAAGACUCACCGCUGUAAUCGCUGCCAAAGAUGAUUCUAACAUGAAUUGACUCAGGGGUGUGAAGACUUAUGUAAAUGAGAGUUCUGUGUUUAAUACAUUUGCACACAUUUCUAAAAACAUUUACUUUUUCAUUAUAGGGUAUUGUGUGUAGAAGGGUGAGAUAAAAAUUUUAAAAACAUUUUGAAUUCAGACUGUAACAACAAAAUGUGGAAUAAGUCAAGGAGUAUGAAUAUUUUCUGAAGGCACUGCAUGUGAUCGUGUCUCAAUGUAAUCAAAGUGUGAAAUUAUUUAUUUUCAAAUACAAUCUUUUUGGGCUUA